UUGUAGUUGUUAGACGAUGAACGCGGCGGUAGUAUGCCUUUGUUAUCAGCCGAGUGUAUUCGCGCCAGGUGUUUAGUUAAAUCCAAUUUGGUCGCGCCGCGUACUAACGUCCAUAGCACGAGAAUGCCGAAUAUCAAGGUAUUCAGUGGCACGUCGCAUCCAGAUCUGGCGCAGCGGAUCGUCGACCGUUUGGGCAUAGACGUUGGCAAAGUUGUCACCAAAAAAUUCAGUAAUUUGGAAACAUGUGUUGAAAUUGGUGAAUCAGUCAGAGGAGAAGAUGUUUAUAUUGUGCAGAGUGGUAGUGGAGAAGUUAAUGACAACUUGAUGGAAUUGUUGAUUAUGAUAAAUGCAUGUAAAAUAGCAUCUGCUUCUAGAGUUACAGCUGUGAUUCCAUGUUUUCCUUAUGCAAGGCAAGAUAAAAAAGAUAAGAAUGGCGACGUACCCGAGAAUGACAAUAUUAGAUCAAGGGCCUCUGUCAAGUGCAAUGAAUGGAAGUUUCGGGAAUUAUUUUGUGAUUAUAUGAGCAGAGCACCAAUAUCAGCUAAAUUGGUUGCUAAUAUGCUUUCAGUGGCUGGUGCUGAUCAUAUUAUUACUAUGGAUCUUCAUGCAUCUCAAAUUCAAGGUUUCUUUGACAUACCAGUUGAUAACCUAUUUGCUGAACCUGCUGUGCUCAAGUGGAUUAAAGAAAAUAUAUCUGAAUGGAGAAAUAGUAUUAUAGUAUCACCUGAUGCUGGUGGAGCUAAAAGAGUUACGUCAAUUGCUGACCGAUUAAAUGUUGAAUUUGCUCUUAUUCAUAAAGAACGAAAAAAAGCGAAUGAAGUAGCUUCUAUGGUACUGGUAGGUGAUGUUAAAGAACGUAUUGCUAUAUUAGUUGAUGAUAUGGCUGAUACAUGUGGUACAAUAUGCCAUGCUGCUGAAAAAUUAACUGAAGCGGGUGCUACUAAAGUAUAUGCAAUAUUAACUCAUGGUAUAUUUUCUGGACCAGCGAUAUCUCGUAUUAAUAGUGCUUGUUUUGAAGCAGUAGUAGUAACUAACACCAUUCCACAGGACGGUCAUAUGAAAGAGUGUCCUAAAAUUCGUUGCAUCGAUGUAUCAAUGAUGUUUGCUGAGGCUGUACGACGUACACAUAAUGGCGAAUCUGUCUCAUAUUUGUUUUCAAAUGUGCCUUAUUAAACUUUAAUGAAAUAUUGUGGCUAUUUAUUUAAUAUAAAUACAUUUUUUAUAUUAAUCCAAUGCUCAAAAAUGUAAAUCUAUUAAAUUAACAAUUUGUCGAUAGAUUAAACAAAUUAUUUGA